CACUUUGUCCAGCUGUUUUGCGCUGUCAGUCGAACAUUCCUGGUAAUAAAACGUUUUGCUGAAACCAAACAGACAUCUUGAUAUCUUAAAAUUGUGGUCAUUUAUUAAAUACAAACAUAAAUAAACCAAAAAAAUGAUUGAAAUAACUUGUAAUGACAGAUUAGGCAAAAAAGUACGCGUGAAAUGUAAUCCAGACGACACCAUCGGUGACCUAAAGAAACUUAUAGCAGCGCAAACUGGUACAAAAUACGAUAAAAUUGUUUUGAAAAAGUGGUACACAAUCUUUAAGGACAGCAUUAAACUUUCGGAUUAUGAGAUCCACGACGGCAUGAAUUUGGAGCUGUAUUAUCAAUAAACUUUCAAAGUUUUCAUUAUUGUAACUAGUAAUCAUUUUUUACUUUUGAUUAAAAUUAUUUAUUUUACUAAUAACAAAAAAUAAAAUAUUUUUAUAACAUACUAA